CAAAAAUAAUAGUCUUUGCUAAUUGGCCGGACCUCAAGUAAUGUCUUGCCCAUUUUGUCUGAGCCGUCCCUCUCCUCGUGCCACCCAGAACCUUCGAGGCUAGUGCUGUUAGCGUCGUGGUCUCAAAAUGCUCGGCCAGCAGGUUUUAGUGCUUAACCAGAAUGUGAAGAGAGAAUCAGGACGUAAAGUCCAAACUGGAAACAUCAAUGCAGCAAAGACCAUAGCCGAUGUGAUCAGGACCUGCCUCGGCCCACGGGCCAUGAUGAAGAUGUUGCUUGACCCUACAGGGGGAAUCGUAAUGACAAACGAUGGAAAUGCCAUCCUCCGAGAGAUUCAGGUACAGCAUCCCGCAGCCAAGUCGAUGAUCGAGAUCAGUCGCACACAGGAUGAAGAGGUGGGAGAUGGGACCACAUCAGUCAUCAUACUGGCUGGAGAGAUGUUGGCUGUAGCUGAACAGUUUCUGGAGCAGCAGAUGCAUCCAACAGUGAUCAUCAGUGCUUACAGACAGGCUCUGGAGGACAUGUUGGACACACUGAAGGAAAUCAGCAUCCCCGUGGACACUUCAGACCGCUCCAUGAUGCUGAAGAUUGUUCACUCUGCCAUCAACACCAAAGCUCUGAGCCGCUGGUCGGAGCUGGCCUGCAACAUCGCGCUGGACGCCGUUCGUACGGUGGAGCUGGAAGAGAACGGGCGCAAAGAGAUUGACAUCAAGAAGUACGCCAAAGUAGAGAAGGUUCCAGGUGGAAUCAUCGAGGAUUCCUGUGUGCUGAAAGGAGUGAUGGUGAACAAAGAUGUGACUCACCCAAGAAUGAGGCGAAUGAUCAAAAAUCCCCGUAUCCUCCUGCUGGACUGUUCUCUGGAGUACAAAAAGGGGGAGAGCCAGACAGACAUAGAGAUAACUAAGGAGGAGGACUUUGCCAAGAUCCUACAGCUGGAGGAAGAAUACAUCCAUCAGAUCUGUGAGGACAUCAUCCGCCUCAAACCAGACUUGGUCUUCACUGAAAAGGGCAUUUCAGAUCUGGCUCAGCACUACUUGGUGAAGGCAAACAUCACUGCCAUUCGCCGUGUGAGGAAGACUGACAACAACCGCAUUGCCAGGGCGUGUGGAGCUCGAAUUGUGAGCCGAACAGACGAACUGCGUGAGGAAGAUAUUGGUUUGAAGGCCGGGCUGUUUGAAGUAAAGAAGAUCGGAGAUGAGUAUUUCACUUUUGUCACAGAGUGUAAAGAUCCCAAGGCCUGCACUAUCCUGUUGAGAGGAGCCAGCAAGGAGAUCCUGGCGGAGGUGGAGAGGAACCUGCAGGAUGCCAUGCAGGUGUGCCGUAACGUGCUACUCGACCCAUUCCUGCUUCCUGGCGGAGGCGCUGUUGAGAUGGCGGUGUCGAAGCGUUUGACAGAGCGUUCCCGCGCUUUGACGGGGGUCGAACAGUGGCCGUAUCGCGCUGUGGCCCAGGCUCUGGAGGUCAUCCCCCGAACCCUGAUCCAGAACUGUGGAGCCUCUACUAUUCGAGUUCUAACAUCACUCAGAGCCAAACACACUCAGGACAACAGUGUGAGCUGGGGCGUUGAUGGAGAAACCGGCUCUCUGUCUGACAUGACAGCUCUUGGCAUCUGGGAGCCACUAGCUGUUAAAGCUCAGACCUACAAGACUGCUGUUGAGACGGCCAUCUUGUUGCUACGUAUUGAUGAUAUUGUCUCCGGGCACAAGAAGAAAGACAAAGGAGAGCAGAUGGGAGGACAAGGAGCCGAAUAGGUCUAAGUAGAUCCAGGCUGAGCAGCAGAGUUACUCCGACUGUUUGUAUCUAAAUGUGUGUGUUUGCAUGUGUGGAGACCACCUGACUCACUCAAACAUAAUAAAAACAAAGUUAGAAAGCUUGA